GGACGCAACUUGCUCUCUACCAGUUCUGAGAAAUCAAUCGGUGUAUUUGAUUCUGCGUUUCUCUACGGCCAUUGUGAACGGGAUCUGUUUUCAAUUAUGCCCGAAGACACGCCUGAAACCAAAGAAUGGGUACUGGAGCCCGAGACGGAGUACAGAUUCGAACUCGAUCCCGGUACUUCCCUCGCAGUCAAGCUGUCGCGUGGGCACGCUGAAAUAUUCGGAUUCGAGCUCGUAGAGGGGCAGACGUACGUCUUUGGUGCAGAAUGUAAAGGGGCGAUAUUCACCUGGCAGGGCUGUAUCAUCGAGGUCACGGGCCAUCCAUCGACGGAUUAUGUAUCUGAAGAAACGCCAAUGAACGCCUACGGAAACCUUCAUGUCGCAUUUGAACAGAUGCGGGUACGAGCGCUGGGGACCCUCAACGGAUCACCUCCCCCGGAUUCAAAGCCGGAUAUCAAUGCCGAACCGCCGCGUGUCUUAAUACUGGGACCCGAAAACUCCGGCAAGACGAGUGUGUGCAAGAUCCUGGUCAACUAUGCGGUUCGUGCCGGUCAAGGAUGGACCCCGCUUCUGGUGAACCUCGAUCCGAGCGAAGGGGGCUGGUCUGCGCCCGGUGCUCUGUCUGUUGCUCCCGUGAGCAGCCCCUUGCCAACUUCUUCUCCCGCGAAUAUCCUCGGUACAGCUGCUACUUCGGCGCCAACGUCUUUGUCUUCAAAUGCGUUGCUGCCGCUUGUGUAUUGGUAUGGGCAUCAGGAAACUAGGAAGAAUACUCUUUUGAUGGACAGACUCAUUCGUAACCUCGGUGAGAACGUUCGGGAACGGCAAGACAACGAUCCCAGAGGAAGCGCCGCAGGCAUCAUUGUUGAUACCCCUUCGUCCUUGGGCUCAGGCCCCGCAUCAUCUGCUGAGCAUCGACAAAGACUAAUAAAAGCUUGCGUAGAAUCUUUCCGAAUCAACGUCAUUCUCGUCGUGGGGCACGAGAAACUGAACGUUGAAAUGCAACGCACCUACGGGUCUCGGCUUACUGUGGUGAAGAUACCAAAGUCCGGCGGCGUACGAACGAUCUAUUUUCACGUUCUUCUCUUCACUCACAAUUCCCAGGUCGUCGAACUCGAUCAUGGAUAUCGGGAACGGGUACACAACUAUCAGAUGCACACAUACAUGUACGGCCAAGUCAUACAGCCUCCCGCAGGAAUUCCAGCAUCCUCGGUCAACGCGGACACUUUCACAGACAUAAUACUGUCUCCGUCGUCUUCUGUCAUUAGUUUUGAUGAUCUCACCAUAUACCGGAUCGGUGCAGCAACUAUGGCCCCCUCGGACGCUCUCCCCGUAGGCGCCAAACGCGUGGUCUCAGAAACCCAGCCCGUACUCGUCAACCCCAGCCAGGCGGGUUCUGGUCUCCUGAACGCCGUAGUCGCUCUUCUAUCCCCCUUCAACCCAGACGAGAACGAGCGAUACGACGAAGAGAUUCUCGACCUUACAGUGGUGGGAUUUCUGGUGAUAACAAAGCUGGACAUUCCUCAACGUAAGAUGACCAUUCUGGCGCCGAAUCAAGGGUCUCUCGUGGGAAAGACUGCUAUCGUUGGUUCGUACGAAUGGCAGGAUCAGUAGCUGGUAAUUAUUCGACUUGUUGAUCCUUGUAGCUUUUACCUUAAGGCACUACCAAUUGAUAUCGUUUCCCCCACAUGGUUAUUGAAUGACAAAAGUUAAGGCACUUAUCAAUUCUCCAACUCGAUUACUAUUAGCCUAGGUGCCAGACGUCGCUCAAGGGAGAACGACAGCAGCGGGUUGAUUUUCUGAUGAACCAUCGUUUUGAACCUAACCCGAAAUUUUACCCAUCAUCUAGCAUCUGAUCACCGGUAGUCACCGGUCCGUGAUGUAGGAAUGGUAUGUAUGCUGUGUUUUGUUGCCUCGUUGUCGUCAAAUGCGGUUCGAAAAAUCAGUUUUCAUUUAGCAAAAUGGUUUGUACUUGAUGAUUGGCCCCAACAACUGUUCAACCGCAGCCGCUGCGGUACCGGCUGAUUGGAUACGAACCUGACGGCGCUGAAGUGCUUUGCAAGCUUUUGACAUUAUUGGUGCAUCCCCCGAUCUCGGACGCCCUA